UUGCCAAGUAUUCCAUUGUCACUCUCUCUUCUCUCACUUCACAUCACACAUCAACAGCCAGCAACAGCAAUGGAAACUGGAGGAGGGUUUCAUGGCUACCGCAAACUCCCCACCAACACCAAUUCUUCUGCAGUAGCAGGGACGUUGAAGCUAUCAUCAGUUUCUGAGAUGAACACGAGGCAGCAAGUAGGAGAACAGAACAACAAUGGUACAGAACAAGACAAUGAAUGCAUUGUGAGGGAACAAGACCGUUUUAUGCCAAUUGCAAAUGUGAUAAGGAUCAUGCGCAAGAUUCUACCACCACAUGCAAAAAUAUCUGAUGAUGCAAAAGAAACAAUCCAAGAGUGUGUGUCUGAGUACAUCAGCUUCAUAACUGGAGAAGCCAAUGAACGUUGUCAGAGAGAGCAAAGGAAGACAAUAACUGCAGAAGAUGUGCUUUGGGCUAUGAGUAAGCUUGGUUUUGAUGAUUACAUUGAACCUCUAACAAUGUACCUUCAUCGUUAUCGUGAGCUUGAAGGUGAUCGUACCUCAAUGAGAGUUGAACCUUUGGGAAAGAGGGGUAUGGAAUAUGGAAAUUUAGGGGGGUUUGUCCCACAGUUUCAUAUCGGUCAUCCAAAUGGAGGGUAUUAUGGUAAUGCUGCACCAACUUAUAUGAUGAGGGAUGGUAAUAAUAAUAAUAAUAAUAAUAAUAAUGCACCAAAUGCUGCUAAUGCUGCUGGAGGCUCAUCUCAUUCUCAGGCACUUGCAAAUGCUGAAGCCAAUGGUCAUCAUCAUCACCAUCAAUAUAAAUGAGUACUGGACAGACAUCACCAAGACUUAUUAUUUUAUGCUUAACUAUGAUCGAGUAGUUGUUUUGUUUUUGUUUGAUGAUUCAUCAUGAACAUCAAAGGAGAAGCUAGUUAGAAUCCCUAUCCUAACUAUGUAGUAGUACUCAAAUUAAUAACUUGAUUUGCUUUUCUUCAA